AUGGUUCAUGAAGGUUCCCCUGAGUCUGAAGAAGCAGUUGCACUUUCCAGUCAUCGUGGUAGGGAUGCAACACUUAAUCUAUUAAACCAGCGGUAUUAUUGGCCUUCGAUGACUAUGGAUACAAAGCAAUAUAUUAAGGAAUGUAAUAUUUGUCAACGUGUCAAUCCAGCUACACUAAAAGUGGUACCUGAACUACACCCAGUUCCUGUUCCAAAAAUGGUUUUCAAGCAAAUUGGCAUCGACCUAAUUACAUUGCCAGAAACUAGUGGGUAUCGAUAUGCAGCAGUUGCUAUUGACUAUUUUAGUAAAUGGUGUGAAGCGCGGCCAUUGUCCGAUAAAAGAGCAACUACUGUAGCUCAUUUUAUUUAUGAUGAGAUAAUUUGUCGGCAUGGCUGUCCAAAAAUUGAAAUUAGCGACCAGGGUCGGGAAUUUUGUAAUAAUUUAUGCGAUGAAUUGUUCAAAUUGACCGGAACUAUUCAUAAAUUAACUUCUCCGUACCAUCCACAAGCGAAUGGUCUUGUUGAACGAUUCAAUCGCACAAUUAAAAAUUAUUUGCUCAAAAUACACAAUGAAAAUCAAAUUGAAUGGCCUAACGUUUUACAAGGUGUUCUAUUUGCAUACCGGUCAGUACCACACACCUCAACCAAAUAUUCACCAUUUUUUGUGCUAUACCAGAGGGAACCAGUUCUUCCAGUAGACAUAAAACAUUCCCUAAAUGAAGAUGGUAUAAUCGAGGAAAAUGUUUUCACAGGAGAAUUUAACGAAGACAAGUUUAAAGAAACUUUGCAGUGUAUGCUGUCAAUGAGAGACAAACUUCAAGAAAAUGUGUCAGAAAACAUUCAGCAAGCCCAGAGUUUACAGAAAAUAUCAUAUGCUAAAAGACACCCUCGUGCGGACAGUGUCUUUAAAGUUGAAGAUAAAGUUUUAUUAAAAAAUCUGAGGCGUGAAGACCGAAAAGGAGGAUGGGCACUAAUGCCAUGGAUUGGUCCCUAUACAAUUCACAAAAUUAUUAGUAACAAUUCUUGUAUAUUGAAAAAUGGAGAUAAAAUUCUGAAAACCAAACAUUUACUUAAAAACAUCAAACUAUAUCAUGAACGAAAACCAACGAAUAGUAGGACUUCAGAAACAAGUAUGGAUGUUGAGUGUGAACAGACAUUACAAAUGCAGGACCAAGGAAGAUAUUUUAAUCCAGUUGGAAAACGCUGGCAACAGACCAAGUGUAGGGCACUUAAACUUGAUUUUAAGCAAAGUUUGGAGUCUGAGUUGAAAAUUAAGAUUUUGAAUCAUCCGUGUGCGAUACAAAAUAUUAUUGGCGAUGGAAAUUGUCUUUUCAGAGCUCUUUCUUAUGCUGUAACUGGUACCGAAGAGCAGCAUUUAUUCAUUAGACAAAACAUAGCCACUAUUGUAAAUACAAAUCAAAAAAUAAUGCGAUAUGUGGGUGGAGAAGAACAACUGCAAUCUUAUUUAAAAAAAAAUAAAAUAGAAAAUGAAUGA